UCAGUGACUUCCUCUUGGACAAUGGGCACCUGAGGGAAGGGGAUGGUUGCAGAGUGGUUCUGGCAGGCUGAUGCUGUCAUCACUGUGGAAUCUCGUGUGUGACAACGACUGGAAGGGACCCCUGAGCACCUCCCUGUUUUUCGUGGGUGUCCUGCUGGGAUCGUUCGUAUCAGGACAAGUCUCAGACAAGUUUGGCAGGAAGAAUGUGCUGUUUGCAACUCUGGCAAUGCAGACUGGCUUCAGCUUCAUACAGGUCUUCUCUACCAGCUGGGAGAUGUUUUCAGUGUUGUUUUUGCUGGUUGGCAUGGGACAGAUAUCUAACUACGUGGCAGCAUUUGUUCUUGGCACAGAAAUUCUUGGCAAAUCAAUCCGUGUGUUGUUCUGCACCCUGGGGGUGUGCAUAUUUUAUGCAAUUGGCUACAUGUUGCUGCCACUCUUCGCUUACUUCAUCCGGGACUGGCGGAUGCUGCUGCUGGCACUCACCCUGCCCGGGCUGCUCUGCAUCCCUCUCUGGUGGGUCAUUCCAGAGUCUCCACGGUGGUUGAUCUCCCAGGGAAGGUUUCAGGAGGCAGAAGACAUCCUCAGAAAAGCUGCAAAAACUAAUGGCGUUACAGCCCCAGAUGUCAUACUUGACCCUAGUGAGCUGCAAGAUGUGAAUUCCCAGAAGCAACAGACAUACACCAUUUUGGAUCUAAUGAGAACCCGAAAUAUUUUAACUAUCACUAUUAUGUCAGUGCUUAUUUGGAUGAUCAUCUCCGUUGGCUAUUUCGGGCUGUCUCUGGACACGCCCAACCUGCACGGGGACGUGUACGUGAACUGCUUCCUGUCGGCGGUGAUCGAGGUGCCCGCCUACACCAUCUCCUGGGUGCUGCUGCGCAGCCUGCCCCGCCGCUACUCCAUGGCCGCCGCGCUCUUCCUGGGCGGCUGCGUCCUGCUCUUCAUCCAGCUCGUGCCCGCACAUCUCCGUGCUCUGUCUAUUUUCCUGGUGAUGGCAGGGAAGUUUGGCAUCACAUCAGCCUUUUCCAUGGUCUAUGUUUACACGGCUGAGCUCUACCCCACAGUGGUGAGGAACAUGGGGGUUGGAGCGAGCUCCAUGGCCUCCAGGCUGGGCAGCAUCCUCUCCCCGUACUUCGUUUACCUCGGUGCCUACGAUCGAUUCCUGCCUUACAUCCUGAUGGGGAGCCUGACUGUGCUGUCAGGAAUUCUGACACUGUUUCUGCCUGAAAGCUAUGGGAUGCCUCUUCCUGACACCAUUGACCAAAUGCUGUUGGUGAAAGGAUUAGAAUACAGGCCUGCCUCUGGUAGCACAAGGGAUUCCAAGGAGGAAGAAGAGAAUCCAGAGAUCCUUAAAAGCACAGCUUUUUGAUGGACUCCUGUGUACUUCCUGGUGGACUGAAAGUUAAAUGGACUUUCCUUUUAAAAUUCAUUCUAGAAAGGGCUAGUGGCAACACUUUGUUUCCCGCAAUUUUAUCCUUAUUUAUUAAUUUAAGCACUGUGUCCCGUACGUUCUCUUUUUGUAUGAACAGAAAUACU